UUAGAUGCUGGAAUACCCCGGAAGCUACCGCGUAGGAUUCGAGAAAUCGAAAGUGAAAUGACUAGCCUCUGGGUGACAUCAACCCCGCUCCACAUCUACCCGGCUCCACGUCUACCCCUCGGCAUGUUCGCUCUGCUCCUUCACAUUCUCGUCGCUGGGACGGCGCUGGCCCAGAAUGGACACACUGGUGUAAACAGAAAGUUGGAAUGCACCUUUCGAGAAGAGAAGCAAAAUGAAGAGGCUCAUAUGUUGGACCACAUGACCGUCUCGAGGAAGGCGUUACUGCUCUUUGGUGGUAUCGAUACCAAUGAGAAAGCAAUUCAUUUUAAAGUAAAAGGCUCCUCUGUGGAUAUUUUCCAAUAUGUAGACGGGAAACACGAGGAAUUGGAAUGCGAAAUCAGCCGGUAUUCCACACACAACCACCAUGUUGACUGGCCCCACCAGGGUGCAGAAUCACCGGGGAAACGAUGGUUCACCAUGACUCUGAAGCACAGACACGGCAAGUUCAUCACAACCAGCUUCAUGAGAGAACUAAAACCACCUGAUGAUGAGGCCAAGGAACAGAUUGAAGCACAGACCGAUGAGGACACUUCACCCAUUGGAAACACGGACACCCUCAUCAUUCAAGUGAAAUACAUUGUCCGCACACGAACUCCAUUGGUCAGAAGCAAAAUGAAGCAAGAUGUCGUCCUGGACUGCGGCUUCAAGAUUGACCACAGGAAGGACUUCUACGUUGACUGGAGGUAUCAGCACAAAGGCGUGAGGAAAAAACUGUUUAUCUACAAUGGGAAGAACCAGCAGACCGAACAGAUUGAGAAGGGAGUUGGAACAUUCUUGGAUCAGAUCGGGGACGGGAACGCAUCCAUCCGCAUAAGAAAUGUGGACAUUAGCAGUGAAGGAUCCUACACCUGCUUGGUGUAUGUCCCUCCACUAUUUGGAACACACACCAUCAAUCUGGAGAUAUGGGAGGCGCCCACAGUGUCCCUGAGCCACAGCUCGCUCUCGUUGAGGGAGGGUGACGAGCAGAAGCUGGCGUGCGGCGCGGAGCGGUACUACCCGCUGGACGUGACGGUGCGCUGGCAGAAGCAGCAGGGCGGGGAGCGCCUUCUGCCCAACUACCUGUCCAACACCGUCUUAUCCCCACACCAGCCGAACAGGGAUGGCACCUUCAACAUGACCAGCUACUUCCGCUUCACCGCCUCCCUCAAGGACAACGGCGUGACGUUUAUUUGUCACGUCGACCACGUCAGCUUGGAGAAGACGAUCAAACGCUACGUCCAUGUAAAAGUGCAAGCACGACCCCAGAUAUUAUUUUAUAUCUUAGUUUUAAUAUUGGUCCUAUUCUUCUGCACUAUUGUGAUCAUCCUACUAAUUCACUUGAAUAAAGUUAUGGACAAAAACAAGAAGAAGCCGUACUGAGCCCAGGGAAGAGCACUCCAGGCAGGAUGCAGCUGCUGAGGUGUCCUUGGAACAUGUUCCAGUGCCUUCUCGCCAAUGAACCUCUUCAAAACCCUUGGCUGUCGGUAAAUGCAUGGAGAUUGGACGCACCGGCAACCCACAUGGACCCAUUGAGGCAAAUCACCCAGUUAUUUGUUUACCGGGGGAGGAAUAUUGACCAGGACACCAGACCCACUCAUUGGGGCUUCACAUCCACUCGACCCCCCCAGUGAAAUGGAAAGUGGAGCCUCCAUUUAAAGUUCCACCCAAUGGGCAUUUAAUGAGGAUUCUUACUGACGGUGUCUUGAAGUGAACCUGAACCUACAACCUUCCGAAUUUGAGGCAGCAGCUUUAGCCAUGGAGUCAUAGAGAGACGCACCGACCAAGUCCAACCCGUCCAUACCAGUUCUAUGCCAUCCCAAUUGUUGAUUGGUGGCUAGUGCAGACUUGGUGGGCCGAAGGGCCUGUUUCCAUGGUGAAUAUCUGAGCUAAAGUCUAAGGUUUUCCUGUCUUUCACUGUUAUCCUGGUUUCACAGUCCCGUAUCCCUUUGCCGUCACCUCUCCCACAGCCAACAAUGGACCAUUGUGGGCUCCACCUCUCCUUGAUCAUCGGUGCCGGGCAGCUCUGAUUUGUUCUUUUCAUGCCUUUCAUUCAUUUGUUCUUUGCUCCUUUUUCAUACCGCUCGUCUCCCUCUCCCCUGACUCUCAGUGGGAAGAAGGAUCUCGACCCGAGACGUCACCUAUUCCUUUUCUCCAGAGAUGCUGCCUGACCCGCUGAGUAAUUCCAGUAUUUUGUGUCUUAUCUUCUUGCCUUAGUUGGCUGCAGUACUUAGACCAAGGUGAGGAAAGAAAUGUGUUGCUUUUAUUGCAAUUAAAAAAAAACCUGAUCCCAUUUUCGAAGCAGAGCCUAGAUACCAAUGGAUAUUACUUUAUUCCAAGGUUUCCUAAGGUGAAGUGCAUUUGCAGGUUGGUAUCUGGAUUGUGUGACACAGAGGUGGCUGGGGUUUGAUUUCUUAAAGAGGAGAUCUGGAAGUUCAUCUUCCAAAGGUAUUGGCCAUGGCUCAUUGGGUAGUGCUCUAACCCCUCGGCCUCCGGGUGUCCCCAAGACAUGCGGGUUUGUAGGUUUAAUUGGCCUCCAUAAAAUUGGCCCUUGUGUGUAAGUUCAUAAGACGUGGGUGCAGAAUGAGUCCAUUUGGCCCAUCAAGUCUACUCCACCAUUCAAUCAUGGCUGAUCUAUCUCUCCCUCUCAACCCCAUUCUCUGACUUUUCCACAUAACCUUUGACGCCCGUACUAAUCAAGAAAACUCUCCAUCGCCGCUUUAAAAAUACCCAAAGGCCUCCUCAGCAUCUGGCAAUGAAUUCCACAGAUUCACCACCCUCUGACUAAAGAAAUUCCUCCUCAUCUCCUUUCUAAAGCUACGUCCUUUUAUACUGAUGCUAUGGCCUCUGGUCCUAGACUCUCCCGCUAGUGGGAACAUCCUCUCCACAUCCACUCCAUCCAUGCUUUUUUACUCUUUGGUAAGUUUCAAUGAGGUCCCUCCCCCCCUCAUUCUUCUAAACUCCAGCGAGUACAGGCCCAGUCCUGUCAAACGCUCAUCACCCAUCCUUUUUCUCUAGAGAUGCUGCAUAACCCACUGAGUUACUCCAGCACUUUGUGUCUUAUCUUCGGUGUUAACCAGCACCUGCAGUUCCCCCUUAGAGACAAAACCGUUCCUAGUUCAUAGUUUAGUUUGUACUGUUGCAGUGGUUGGGGAAGAAGCAGCUCUUGGACCUGGAGGUCCACAGAUUCACCACCCUCUGACUGAAGAAAUUCCACCUCAUCUCCUUUCUAAAGAUAAGUGCAGGGAGUGGAUGAGAAAGUGGGAUAACAUAGAACUAGAGGGAAUGGUUGAUCCGUGGUCGGCGCGGGCUCAGUGGGCUGAUGAGCCUGUUUCCGUUCUGUAUUUCUAAACUAAACUAUUUAGGGCAUUAAACUGGACUUGAUUAUUUCUAGCGGGACGGUGGUGUAGCGGUAGAGUUGCUGUCUUACGGCGCCAGAGACCCGGGUUCAAUCCUGACUUACGGGUGCUAUCUGUGUGGAGUUUGUACGUUCUCCCCGUGACCUGCGUGGGUUUUCCCCGGCUGGUCCAGUUUCCUCCCGCACUACAAAGACU